GUAACUAACUAGUUAUUAAUAUAAACAUUUAAUAUUUAAUGGUAUAGUUAAUUAUUUUAUGAGAUUUUAUCAUGGCCAGACGAAAUGUAUCAGUAGCAGACGAUGAGAUUUUUAGAAACCGCUGUGAACAUGAAAUUAAAGCUCAUGAUAAUUGGCCAAAGAAGUGGGGAUGGAUUUUAGAUGAAAAUAAGAAAACGGAUAGUAAAUUGCAAAUAAUAAAGGAAAUAAAAGAAGACUUUAAAUAUAUUGAUCCUAGACAUAUGUUUCCAUUUCCAAUUACUACAUCAAAAGAAAUUGGUUGGCUAUCCAGUAAACAAGAAUUCCAAUUAGAAAUAUAUGGUCCAGAUAUUAUGUGUUUGCCAAUUGGAAAAGAAACCAAAUAACAAAAAUAAUAAAUAUUGGUAUUUAAUAAAAUAUUCACUAUAAUACAAAAUAGAAAAAGGAUUUAAUGAGAUCAAUUGAUAUUAUCUGUUUAAUAAUUUGUUAUACAUAAAUAUAGAAAGUAUCUACUUUAAACAAUAGCUACAUUUUUUAAAUUAUCGUGAAUUACAA